AUGACGACUGCGGCGAAAUCGCAAAAGGAUAAGCCUUUUGGGAACACUCCUCGAUUAAUGCCGAGGCCUACAGCUGCCUCCGCCGCGCGCGCUGCUCGUAAUGCCACCAAUAGAAAUCUGUCGUUGCCCACUCAAAGGCAAUCUCCAACACGAAAUCCUAAUUGUACUAAGGGAAGGACUCCCCUUAUCCAACGUGCCCUAAAAUGUGAUUCCAGAACGGAUGUCAAGACUAAUGGAGUCUUAGAUUGCGAACCAUUGGAGAAUCAGAAUGUUACUAUUCCACCACCGGUAGAAGUUGAGCCAUCCUAUAUUAUCGAGAACACACCGAUAAUGAUAAUAGAAGAAAGUUCAGAAGACCAGACAGUCUACGACGGUAGUGUCGUCAACCUCCAAGACAUCAAUGAAAACUGCCCCUUGGAAAUAAAAAAUAAUGAUGGCAAUCCUCAUGAUGUACAGCAACAAAGAAUGGAUGACUCUAACGAAUCACAACUCAGUCUUAGUCGCAAAAACGUCCUUCCAGAAUCUAGAAGUCGACCCCAUACACCGGCAUUGAACAAUCGUCCUCAGACUCCUAGAAGCUUACAAUCCAGUCGUCCACAAACUCCGCGCAUGCCCAGCCGACCCACGACACCAGCACACCCGGUGCAACGUCUCUGCACUUCUACCAGUCGCCCCAAUACGCCGCAGCGUCUUCCCACGCCAACACGCCCUAAAACACCAUCUCUGAAUGUCCCACCAAGUUCUAGGGUACUAUCCCCGGCAUCCAUGUGCAGCCCGUCACGUACCUUCAAAGAAGACGACGAUAUAAAGUCGGCGUUCCUCGCGAAACAGAGGCAAUUCCAUCGCAUGAAAAAAGAACUGGACAUAAAACAGCAAGCAGUUCUUGAACUCUUAGUCAAUUUACGUGGAUUACAAGAGCGCAUGACACAAGAGGGUGUCUCAGGAUGUGGCGAGGGGCUCCAGCUACAGGAGCUAAAUGUGUUUAAUGUAGCGAAUUGGACGUCAGAUGAAAUUGCCCAGCUGUGUCAUGACGCUAUUGCUUCGGCUACCACCGAUAGGGCCGUCGAAGUAAUUAAUACCACUCUACCUAUUGAUGAAUGCGCUCUUGCCGAACUUGAUUCUAAUGUUACGAACGUGCCUACAUGUUUUGCCGAUCUGUGCCUUCAGGCGUUUACGGCGCGACAAGAAAUCAUUGACUGGGUCAAGGAGCUCAUCGAAACAAGCGAGAGUGGUAAUGAUGAAGUAUUGCAACGCAUUGCUCGUUACAAUGCUCAAGGACUUGAACUCUGCGAGUCUCUCCGUGACCUGAAAUCCCGUGCUGAUGACGCUGUUAACACUGUCUCGAAUCUGUCUAAAAAAGCCUGUCGAGAACGUAGUGCUUUGGUAGCUGUUGGAGAAUCUUUAGUAAGAGAAAUAGCACGACUUCGACAAGACCUGGAAACACGUACUGCCGCUAUAAUCGAAUUGCAGGAAGCUACCCGUAAUGAAGCUGACCGCAACAAUUCUGUUGAGGAAAUGCGUCGAGAGUUAGAGGAGGAAAAAGCUGCAAAGAUAGCUACCAAAGAGAAGUUGGCGGCCACUGAAGUGCAAGUCCGUCAAGCUCGCAUUCGUAUCUCUAAAAUGGACAGGCAACUACGCGAGGCAGAAGCAAGCAUUGCUAGUCUCACAGGCACUGUAAAAACAUUGGAGGAUCAGAGUCGUCAAAGGGAAGUGCAAUUAGAAGCUCGUGCUAGGAAAUUAAAAGAAUCAUUAAAAACCGGAGAAGUAACCAGCAAUCAAUUAACGCAACAACGCGACUCUUUGCAAACUGAAAUUCAAGAAUUGAAACAACAAAUUGAAGCCUUAACCGCACAAAAUAAAACAACUAUACAUGACUUAACAAAUCAACUCAAAGAAUUGAAGAAUAAUUUUGAAGAACAGCGUAAAAUUUCACAAAAAGAAAUCGAAUUGAAGGAAGCAGCUGAAGCUGCCCUCUCAGAGAGUCGCAAUAACAUAGAGGAGUUGAAAGCCAAAAUCACUGAACUCGAAAAUAAUAGACCAAAUCCCGAUUUACCAACCGAAAGAGAAAUAGAUCUUUGGUCAGAACUUCAUGCUAUAAAAGAUAUUUUACGUGUGACUGAGGAUGAAGUGACUUCCUGUAAAAGGGAGAAAGUGCGAUUUCUGGAGACUCUCACUAAAAUAACUGAAUCUGAUAACAAGGUGGGCAUGCAACAGAAAUUGGCAGCCGAGCUUUUGAGCAAAGAAGAAAUAUUAGGAAAAAUGCAAAUACAAAUUAGAGAUUUAACCAAAAAUAUUAAAUUGAAUGAACAAAAAGUGAUCCAGUACGAACAAUAUGUAAGAGACCUACAGGCGCAUAACCGCGCAGUGGCCAACUGCCAAGAGGCUCCAAAUGGUAUCAGCUAUCAGGACUUACAGCAAGAGAUUAUGAACUUAAGAAUGGGCCUUCUCGAGGCGGUGCACCGAAAUGAAGAGUUGUCAGAGCUGUUGGUGCAAAAGGAACAGCAACUGGAGCAACAGGACAAGACUUCACGUGCCCAGGCAAGAGUCAUAAAGGUUCGCGAGGAGUUGAUCAAUAUGCUGAAGAACAAAGAAACGGAGCAGAGCCGCGAGCUGGCUGCGUUACAACAGGACCUUGAGCACCGAAUGAAAAUCGUUGAUGAAGUAAACAAGCAAAUAGCAGCGAAAGCCGAAGAGAUCCAGGAACUAUUUGCCACUUUAGAGAACAAGCAACAACAGAUUCACCGACUGGAGAAAAUAGUGUUGGCACUAGAAGAACAACAACGACGUGCGCAAGCGCAGCGGACGCGACACGAAGAGAAAAUUGCCGCGCUCGAACAUGAACUUGCUGCCAGUGGAAAUCGACGAGAACGUGCCAACCUCAAGCCGCCAGCCGAGCAUGGGGAUAAUGGCAAAUCCCAGCAAUCUCCUGCCCUCCAAGGGGGAGGUUUUGGUUCAGUAAGGGACGUCUUUCGACUGAUGAUGACGAUAAUGAUGAUCUACUUGCUGCAAAAAUAUUAA